AUGCGAACAUCCCCGUCAUGCACCCAUCAGUUGACGACACUUUUAGAAGCUGAUUGUUGGACAAUGUUUAGGAAAAGAGCAUUUUCCAAUAGAGAACCAAGAGAAACUCCAACUUUAUUGGAUAUUGGUCGAAGAAUGGUAGAAAAGUGUAAGGGUGUACCAUUAGCGAUAAACUCAUUAGGAGGUCUACUGUACUCGAAGCAGGAUGAACAAGAAUGGGAGUUCAUCGAGAAGAGUGAAAUAUGGAGUUCACUCGAAAAUGAAAAUGGUAUUCUACCAAUAUUGAGGCUUAGUUUCGACCAUUUACCGUCACCAUCUUUGAAACAAUCUUUUGCAUACUGUUCUAUUUUUUCAAAGGAUGAAGUCAUUAUCAAGGAUGAGUUGAUUCAACGUUGGAUGGGUCUAGGAUAUCUUCAACCUUCUUCAAGAUGUAAGGUGGAAAUGGAAGAGUUAGGCAAUGAGUAUUUUAAUACUUUAUUGCGCAAUUCGUUAUUCCAGGAAGUGGAAUAUGACGAGUACAACAAUAUCACAAGUUGCAAGAUGCAUGAUCUUAAGAGUGGCCAUAGAAUCGAAGAGUUGGGUAACUUAACCAAGCUAAGAGGUAGGUUGGUGGUUCGGGAUCUACAAAAUGUGAAAGACAAGGAAGAAGCAGAGAAGGCUAAAAUGUUUCAAAAAUCUAAACUUCAAGAGUUGACAUUGUACUGGGAUGGAGACCUUAGAAACUCCAACGAUAACCAUGAGGAUGUGUUGGAGGGACUCAAACCUCACCGGAAGGUUAAGGGAUUAAUACUUUGUUAUUUUGGAGGAAGAAGAUUGGCUUCAUGGAUGAGUACUACAGAUGCCCUUUUGCUUCUAAAUUUGGUGAAGAUUGAAUUGAAGGACUUCAGAUUAUGUGAGCAAGUCCCUGUGCUUGGACACCUUCCGCAUCUUGCGACGGUCAAAAUGGUUCGUUUGCAUAACUUGAAGCGUAUUGGUCCUGAGUUUUAUGGACCAGAUGAAGGCAUUAUUGAUAAUUGCAGUACUAGUGGGGCAGCAGCAAGAGUAUUUCCAGCAUUGAGGGAAUUCCAACUUUUUGAUAUGCCUCAGCUAGAAGAAUGGUCAGACGUAUCAUCAUUACCUGUUGUUGGCACGAGAAUGCUAGAGUUCUUCCCCCUUCUUCAGAAGUUAGAUAUCUCAAAGUGCCCCAAGUUGAUAACCAUCCCAGGGGAUUUGUUAUGCAUUUAG